GUUGCAAAAUCAAGGGCCGGCCUGAAGUGGGCCGUGCGUGUCUGGCCCGGAACAGCGGCGGCAGGAAGGAAGAAGUGCCGAAGGAGCACUGCCAAACGCCACCGGCGGCGAUGCCCCGCGCGCCGCCCGUCUCCUCCGCCGUCUCCAAGCUCCACUCGCGAUGCCACUCCCUCUCCACCAUGAAGCAGCUGCACGCCCACCUCCUCCACCACCACCGCCCCUUCCCGUACAACCACUUCCUCUCCAAGCUCCUCUCUAUCUCCUCCCCCUCCUCCGCCACCACCACCGCCGCCGCCGCCGACUACGCCCUCCUCCUGCUCGCCUCGCACCCGGCUCCCACCGCCUUCUCCUUCAACGUCGCCCUCCGCUUCUUCGCCGCCUCCCGCCCGCGCGUCUCCCUCCAGCUCUCCCUCCGCAUGCUCCGCUCCGCGCUCCGCCCGGACGCCUACACGCUCCCUUUCCUCCUCCUCGCCGCGGCCCGGUGCCCCGCGCCUGCCUUCGCCGUCUCGGCGCACGCGCUCCUGCAGAAGCUCGGCCUACACAACCACGACCACACCGUCCACUCCCUCAUCACCAUGUACUCCAACCUCGGCCGCCCCCGCGCCGCCCGCAGGGUGUUCGACGGAAUCCUCCGGCGGGACGUCGUCUCCUGGAACUCCAUGAUAAAGGCGUAUCAGGCGGCGGGGAUGAAGGACGACGCGGCGCGCAUGUUCCGUGCGAUGGUCGCCGAGGGCGCGGUGGCGCCCAACACGGUGACCGUGGCGGUCGUGCUUGCCGCGUGCAGGGACGCCGGGGACCUGGCGCUUGGCAGAUGGUUGGAGGAGUGGGUGAGAUCCACGGGGAUGGAGGUGGGAUCGCUAGUCGGCUCGGCUCUCGUUGGGAUGUACGAGAAAUGCGGAGAGAUGGCGGAGGCGAGGAGAGUGUUCGACGCCAUCGCUGACAAGGAUAACGUCGCUUGGAAUGCCUUGAUCACUGGGUACGCACAGAAUGGCAUGUCAAAGGAAGCCAUUUCCCUAUUUCACAGCAUGCGUCAAGCAGGGGCACGUCCAGAUAAGAUAACCUUGGUGGGGGUGCUCUCGGCCUGUGCUGCAGUUGGAGCUCUGGAGCUAGGCACCGAACUCGACAGCUAUGCCUCACAAAGAGGCUUCUAUAGCAAUGUCUACGUUGGGACUGCUUUGGUGGAUAUGUACUCAAAGUGUGGAGAUCUUACCAGAGCCAUACAAGUGUUUGAGAAAUUGCCAUGCAAGAAUGAAGCUUCAUGGAACGCCUUGAUUUGUGGUCUUGCUUUUAAUGGGCGAGGCCAUGAAGCUAUUCGGCAGUUUGAACUGAUGAGGAAGGAGGAAGGGCUCCGGCCGGACGAUAUCACUUUCAUAGGAGUACUUUCUGCUUGUGUGCAUGCAGGGUUGCUGAAAGAUGGUCGGCGUUGGUUCAAUUCCUUGACAUCUGGGUUCCAAAUCAUUCCCAAGAUCGAGCACUACUCCUGCAUGGUUGAUUUAUUGGCACGUGCCGGACAUUUAGAAGAAGCAUGGGAUUUCAUUGAGAAGAUCCCUGGUAAGGCGGAUGCGGUGAUGUUGGGGGCUUUGCUUGCCGCUUGUCGGAAAUGCAAAAAUGUUGAAGUCAGUGUCAAGGUCAUCAACAGGAUCAUGCUGCUGGAGCCCUCAAACUCGUGGAACUACGUGGUUUCAUCCAAGAUAUAUGCAAGCUCAGAUAGAUUAGAUGACUCUGCACGGAUGAGAGGGCUGAUGAGAGAGAGAGGUGUCAGCAAAAUUCCAGGCUGCAGCUGGCUUGAAGUUAGCGGCAGAGUUCUUGAAUUCUAUGCAGGGGAUGAACCACAGCAUGGUGCGGAGGAUAUGUAUCAACUCCUCGACAUGCUUGUUGAUGAGAUGAGACUGGAGGGAUAUGUUCCAAAUCUUGAUCUGGUUUAACACACAACUAGAUGCAGAUCAACCUCAGUAUCGCAGUCUUACUAAAAUUUGUUUUCUGGAUUGGUACAUGUCAAGGAGGCUGUCAUGCGUGAAAGAAAGGAGGCGACUCUUGUUUUUUUCUCAGAGGAGCAGAAACAUCUGCUGAAAUGCUGAAUAUAAAUGUUGGAUUCCCAAGAUGGAACAUUGCUUUGCAUUCCUUCUAUACGACUAGAUACCAGGACUGAACCAGGUCUAUUUUGAACCACCUAUCAACAGAGAUCUUUGAAUUAUGGCAGCAGCAUGCUUAGUCAUGUGCAAAAAGUUUUGGCUGCUUGAGCUAUGUCUAUGAAAAUACCUGAUUCAGUUGUUGCUACCGCUGAAACUUCCAACAGGCCAUUUCAAUUCACCAAUGGAGUCGAUUGGUUUUGCGAGCUGUCAGAACAUGCUAAAUAACCGCAAAUAUGGAAAACCAUACUCAGGACUCUAGUCUAAAAGAAAAAUGAUUUGGCACGGGCCUAUUGUUGGAGUUAUUGGAAAAAUGGCAUUCCAGGUGGAGUGUAGAUGGUGGUAUCCAGAGGAGCUACGUUUGCUCCAAGUCAGCAUUCAUGUAGAUUUUGUUUUGGUAGAUUCUUCAGGUAAGAAUGGCCCUACUGGGUUUUUCCCCCUGGUUGUCUGUGUAGAUUGUAAGCUUAUCUUUUAAAGUUGUUGCAGAGGUCAGGAGCUGGGAUAUUCUUACUGCCAGAAUCAUCUUGAAUACGUGACUGAUCAAUCAAUUCUUGGAACAAUGGAUCAAUACAGAACUCUUUCAGUGAAAUACUUAUAGGCUCUAGGAUCCUACACUAUAUGUCCGUUUCCCACUCUAACAAUCCUAUAUAAGUACUCUGUACUGCAAAACAGACCAAACCAUCUACCACUUAACUUAUGUAUCCUACACUAUUUUGCUCGUUUCCAACCUCCCGGUUCACAAUCUUCGAAUUGCUGUUUCAGAGAAGACUUGUGCAAUGUGCAGUCUUCAGCACCGUGCGACAUCAGCAUCUUCUGUUCGCGCUAUAGCUGGGUGUGGUAUAGUGUCUAUGGUUUGGUUGUAAAUACUGCAUUAUGGCUGUUUGCCUUAUUCCUGCUUUUAAUACAAAGGUUAUAUCCUGUUUUAAUA